AUGUCGCCUUCGUCCGUAGACGCCUCGUCCUCGGCCUCCGACUCGGAGAGCUCGCAUGUAAGAGUGGAGGAGAACGGAGCCAGGAAACGGAGAAGACUGUCGCCUGUCGCCGACUCGGACUCAGAACAUGUGCCGCAACCCAGGUCCACGCUCUCCCGCGUGAAGGCCAAGCAGACUGGUGCUACCCAGCAAGACGCCCCCGCUACUAUUCUCGCUUCCCAAAAUCACAAAGAAAACCUUUCCUUUGCUUCUCUCAAUGUUUCGCCAUGGCUUGUCGCCUCUCUGUCUGCCAUGGCCAUCAAAAAGCCGACCGGGAUCCAAAAAGGCUGCAUUCCGGAGAUCAUCAAGGGACGCGAUUGCAUAGGUGGCAGCAGAACCGGUUCUGGCAAGACAGCCGCGUUUGCGGUGCCCAUUCUCCAGAAAUGGAGCGAAGAUCCCGUGGCCAUCUUUGCCGUAGUCCUCACCCCAACCCGUGAACUUGCCCUACAGAUAUAUGAGCAAUUCAACGCUAUCGGAGGCCCUCAAAGUCUCAAAACCAUCCUGGUCACUGGUGGUUCCGACAUGCGCUCACAAGCAAUAGCACUGGCUUCAAGACCCCAUGUUGUGAUUGCCACUCCCGGCCGUCUUGCUGACCACAUCAACUCGUCUGGUGAAGACACCAUCAACGGCCUCCGUCGAGUGCGCUUCAUUGUCCUUGACGAGGCCGAUCGCCUUCUCGCUUCCGGCCGCGGCAGCAUGCUCCCGGACGUCGAGACAUGCCUGUCCGUCCUCCCACCCUCCUCUCAACGGCAAACGUGCCUGUUCACGGCGACCGUCACGCCCGAGGUCCGCGCUCUGAAAGACAUGCCGCGGACCCCCGGCAAACAAGAAGUGUUCGUUUGUGAGGUUGACACAGAGGAUCUGGCCGUCCCAACGACGCUGCAGCAAAAGUACCUCCAGGUCCCAGUCACUCACCGCGAAGCCUUCCUCCACACCCUUCUCCUCACCCCCGCCAACACGUCCAAGUCAACCAUCAUCUUCGUCAACCGCACCUCCACCGCGCAACUUCUCGAACAGAUGCUGCGCCUGCUCGAUCACCGCGUCACGAGCUUGCACUCUGGCCUUCGGCAGUCUGAACGCAUAUCAAACCUCGCGCGUUUCCGUGCCAAGGCUGCCCGAAUCUUAGUGGCUACGGACGUCGCGGCCCGUGGUCUCGAUAUUCCCGCCGUUGAGAUGGUUGUCAACUACGACGUCCCGCGGGAUCCUGAUGACUACAUCCACCGGGUCGGUCGUACGGCGCGUGCGGGACGUUCCGGAGAGAGUGUGACGAUGGUGGGACAAAGGGAUGUGGAACUCGUCUUGGCUAUUGAAAACAGAGUUGGCACGAAGAUGGUUGAGUUUGAAGAGGAGGGGGUCAAUAUUGAGACCAGAGUCAUUCGCGAUGCGCUGAAGGUCGUGGGUGAGAAGAAGAGAGAAGCCUUGCUGGAGAUUGGGGAGGGAAGGGAUGUGACCGGAAAGAGGAAGAAGGGGUUGAUGAAGCGCAAGAAAUGA